AUGGAUACUACAGUCUCUCUGGCAGAGGAAUACAAGAGUCUCUUGCUAGAAGAUGUUUUCCGUGUACACGAUAAGAGGAAGAAGGUAUAUAACCAUCAAGAACGCCAAAGAAUUGAAGCAUUCAGGGAACAAUACAUGAAUGCUGGAAGCAAUCGUGGGCGAAAGGAGGUUGUAUGCAGCAUUCUGCCAAUCCUGUUUAAUUAUUGGGUUGAAACUGGGAGCAGAAUUGUUUCCCAAACAGAGGAUUUUGCUCAGCAAGAAGCAAAGGUUCGUGCGUCUAGUGUUCGGAAAUUGUGGUGCCGACAAGCUAUUGGCGCCGAUAAAUUACUAAAAUGGAUAAGGAAUAAUUGGCGCUCACCAAAGCCGACAGAAGCGGAACUUACGGGCCAUCCGAAGAAAAGAACAACUAUUCUAUGGCGUACUAGGAAAGAGGAUGUGUACAAAGAGAUUGCUACUAUCCUGGGCAUUGAUUCUGUUACUGCCGGUACUCCUGGAAUAUUUGAAAACAGAAUGAAAGCCAUGGGAAACAUUCUGGCGCGCAUGUCGGACACCGAACUCAAGCAACUUGACCUUGAGGGGAAGGCAUUAAACUCCGUUGAGUACACUGACGAGCAAAAACGAGUCAAUGCCGACAAACAUGCUUUUCGGAAAUUGGAUGAAGCUUCAAAACGAGAUUGGGCGGAGAUGGGUCUCAUGAAUAUCACCUUCGUUACCCGGCUUACAGAAUCGGGACAGCUAGCUGUCAGGGUUCACGAUGUAAUUUCUAGUACACUCGGAGUAUCGUCAACUUCAUUUGAAGAUCAAAAACCCGCUGAAGUGACACAAAUAAAACGUUUGAUUGGUGUCUAUGUGCGCGGGUUGUUAAAUGCAAGGAAUCGAGCAAUGGAUGGAGGAGGAAACGGAGAUGAAUCAGGAAUUUUGAUGCUUGACCAAGAUGCACAGGGAUUUCCCAAGUUACCACGGGACUUGGAAGCCGACAAGUUGAAUAAACGACAACUCGAAACACUCAUGGGCUUAUACUUUAGCCAACAUUAUAGUCUGGCAACAAACGGUCGAAGUAAACAUCCUCCUUAUGAUCACAUUGAGAAAAAGCAAGCGGCAUUCAUAUCCCCAGAGUUCAGAAAGGUCAAGAAACACCGAAAAGGCGAUGAAAUGGUAUACAGCAAAUAUCCCGAUGAAGAAUUCCGACUUGACGAGCCGAAACGACCAAUCCCACCCCCUAAAAAAAGUCGACGAAGAGGCAAGCCAACGAAGUCAAAACCUACCCAGGCAGCAACCCAACCUCCAUUGCGCAUUGAGGAAAUGCAAGGCGGAUCUCAACUCAUUUCAUUCAAUAGUAUUGAUAAUUCACAGAUUGACCCUCAGCUCCUUGGACAGGAUGGCCGUGCGGAUUUCAACCAUCCACAAUCCGCUCUUAGCUCAGAUCCGACCACUGGCCUGACUCAUCUUCAAGAUACCUUUGCAGACAAAGACAUGUUGCAACCUCAGAUUCCUGACACACAACAGUUCAGUCUGGAAACUGGUCCAGUUUCCAACCUCGAUAUGAACAACCCUUCCUUUUCUCACCUGCCAACAUUCAUCUAUCCUCCGCCAGAACGUAUGGAAGUAAAUCCUGUGGAGAAUAUUAUACCACAGCGCAAUAUUCCCGCUCCGAUAUCUACUACUGUUAACGUACCCGCCCAACAGCCAAUACCCCGACCUAAACCACGUCCCCGACGCAAGCCAGUUACCGUUGAAGAAAUUGCUCAGGCAGAAGAAAACCGACGCUUAUUGGAAGAGGCACGGAAUAUUGAGAGAGAUAUUCUCACAAAUGGAACUGCCGCUGCGGAAACAUCUGCAAGUCAGGUCCGAGUCAAUUCACCCACUGAAUCAGUACAAACUACAGGAAAACGAAAAAAAAGGUCAGAAGUGGAAGAAUCACUCAUCUUGUCUGGAAAACGGGUUCGCCGUGUAAGAGAAAGGACUAGCUAG